AUGCCCGCCCCAACUGCUCUACGUCAACCAGUGGAGGAUGCUGUUCCUCAGCAGCUCGAUACAUCUAUGGACCAGGAUGAUGAGGUUUUGAUUGAUGCUCAAGGGUCUGUCCAGCCAGAUAUUGCCAAUCCUGUCACAGAAGCCACGGACGACGCCGAGAUGCGCGUGGACGAGGAAGGCCGCCCGGUCUUUACACCCGCAAAGGUGACAAGCAAUGCUUUGCGCAUCGAGAGCCGCAAGGUGCCUGUUCCUCCCCACCGCAUGACACCUCUCAAGGCCAACUGGGCCAAAAUCUGCCCUCCUAUCGUUGAGCACCUCAAACUGCAGGUGCGCAUGAACAUCAAGAGUCGCGCAGUCGAGUUGCGGACAUCAAAGUUCACCACCGACACUGGUGCCCUGCAGAAGGGCGCUGAUUUUGUCAAAGCUUUCACGCUUGGCUUUGACAUUGACGAUGCUAUCGCCCUUCUCCGAUUGGAUGACCUAUAUAUCGAAACUUUCGAGAUCAAGGAUGUGAAGACGCUCAAUGGGGAGCAUCUUGGUCGUGCUAUUGGCCGUAUUGCUGGCAAGGACGGAAAGACCAAGUUCGCUAUUGAGAACGCCAGUCGGACUCGUGUUGUGCUGGCCGACCAGAAGAUUCAUAUUCUGGGCGGUUUCAAGAACAUUCACAUCGCACGAGAGGCUAUUGUCAGCCUUAUCCUUGGUAGCCCUCCCGUAAGUGGUGCCUCUCCAACGAUAUUUGGCCUGUUCCAGCACACCUUUACUGACUACGCACAGGGCAAGGUUUACGGCAACCUUCGAACAGUCGCCUCUCGAAUGAAGGAGCGAUUCUGA